AUGUCAGAUGACUUCCUAAAUUCAUCCCCUUCCAGGAUAGAUCCAUUACUAUACAAUUAUGUCGGAGAUGGGAAAUCAAAACAACAACGACCACAACCACAACCACAAACACAGCCCUCGGUACUUACAACCCCUGGACCAACCAAGGGUACUCCAGUACUGCAGGUGAUAAAACCACCAUAUAUACAAAACCAACAAGCACCUCCUACAGUUCAAUUUCAACAACAGACACUGUCACAAGCGCCCAUACCACAACCAACAUCAUCAACAUCAGCCCAACCCCCGGCACUUGCAUUCCCACCUUCAGCUUCUAAAUUCUACGCACAGCAAACGAAUCUUACAGGUUGGACUCCAUUAAUAUCAAAGACAUAUUCAAAUGAACAAAUAUUAUCAUUUAAUUCAACUCCUUAUAAUAGUAAAAAAUUACUUCAAAAUAAUAUUAGUAAUAAUAAUAGUACAACUGGUAGUACUACUGGGUCGGUAUCUAAUUUACAAACUCAAUUGAAUAAUUUGACUCCAUUUAAUGAAAAGACUAUCCAUUAUUCUGAUUUCUUUAUGGAUUCUCCACUCGCAGUUGGAAAUACUCCAAUUAGGGAAUUACAAACUAUAACUCCAUCAAAAUUUAGAAUUAUUAAUAAUAAUACCAAUAUUGGUGGAAGUGCUCAGAAGAAUUUAUUACAAGAUCCAACCAAGACUGCCACUAAGAGAUCUAUAACUCAAUUAGAUACUCCUCCUAGACAACCCCAUAAAUUAUCAAUCAUAACCAAGGCUCCGCAUCCAGAUGAAAAUGAGACUGAUGAAGAUAGCGAUGAAGAAGAGCAACGGGAUGAAAGAGAGAAAGGGGACCCAAAAAGAAACAACGAUUCUAAGAAAUAUUAUCUCCAAACACCAUCAAAGAACGUCUUGUCAGAUAUCACCAAUGCUCCACAAUUACGCUAUGAAACACCGGCAAAACAAAAAUUACACCCUCCUAGUUCUCCAACUACGAUAAUACAAUCAGAUGAAGAAGAUGAUGAUAACAAUAUAGGUGGUGGGGGGAGAAGGAAAAAUAAUCCACGACUGCAAGAACCUCCACCUAGUCCAACUCCAGUGGUGGUUCCUAUUAAGCUUGAGCCGAUAAUGGGUGUGUUUUCGGAACGUAAUAAAUCACAAGAACCGCAUGAAAAACGCAAGGGAAGUUCAAAACACAGGUCCAAAUCUAAAGGACAUAAAAAGAUCCCAUCAAGCAGUGGUGAUGAUAAGAGUUAUAUUAAAGAAGAGAUCAAAGAAGAACCAAAAGGUAAUUCUAGAACUCGGAAUAAAGAAAAGAUGCAAGCCGGUAUGAAUAAAUUUCAAAUCAUAUUCACCGAUGUAAAUACCCUAAAGAAGAAAUCAUCAAAAGAUCAGCAACAGGAUCUCCUAAAACCUCAAAAUAAGGCUUCAUCAACGCAUCCCCCGCAUCAACCCCCACCUCCAAACCACCACGACCAUUCCAUGAAUAUAACAAGAGAACAUAGCAUCAUGUCCACCCAAAACACAAACACAAGGGUGGAUUGGCUGGUGUGGAGCAAGCUUCUAGCCGACGUUGACUGUGGGCUCUAA